GAUUGUUCGAUCACAUGUGGAAAUUAAAAAGACAACACAACAAAAACAAUGGCAAAAAGUGAAACACCAGGAAGAUUAAUUUAUGAAGCACCCGAACAGAUGGUACGUUUGAUUAAAAUGAUUAAAAGAUUAUCAAUAUCAACUACCAUACUAUCGGCUGGUGUACAACCAUUUUUAUAUCCAAAAUUAAUUGCUACUGGUUCAUCAUUAACGAUGGGUUUCGCAACGGUCACUUGUGCCGGUAUAUUUAUAUCGCCAUUAAUUUUGAAUUGGUUCACAAAAAGAUAUGUAACAAAAUUAUAUUAUAAUGAACAAAAUGAUCAAUUCAUUGCAAAACAUUUAAAUCUAAUAAAUCGUGAUGUACAAUUGGCAUAUAAAUCAAAUCAAGUUCAAGUACCAGAAAUGUUGGGCAUUUUCACCACAUAUAUCGUGGAUGAGAUGAAGAAAAAACGACCAUUAUUUGUCGAUCCAAAUAUGGUGAUCGAUAUGCAUGCCUAUAAACGAAUGCUUGGUUUUGAUCGUCCAGUCAAUCUGAGGCCUGAAGAUUUUCUACAAAACAACAACAACAACAACAACAUGAUCGUAAAUCGUAAACACAAUGAUUUUUCUUUAUUAAUUUUUGUAUUUAUAAAAUUAAACAAAAAAAUCGAAAUAUAAUUGUUCGUAAUAACAAAGCACAUAAUUUACUCAAUAAAAAAAAAAUUUAUAGUAGAAAAAAAA